AUGGCCCUAGCAGAACCAAUUAGAAAUGAGGAGGAAAAAGAUAAGAAUAACAACGAUAUGUUACAUGAAAAGCAAUCCCUACUCAACAAUAGAACUGCAAGCAUAACGCAACCAGGAGUGGAUGAA